UAGGUGAGAAAUUAGAUGAUUUCAAGAGUUGGAGCAGAAUCUAGGGUCAAAAAUGGCAACGGGUGACUUAAAAAGAAGCUUGCGGAACCUAGAACAAGUGCUUCGCUUGCUAAAUUACCCUAAAGAGGUGGAUUGUGCAGGUUUGAUAAAGGGAGACACAGCAGCAUCUUUACCCAUCAUCAGCUAUUCUUUUACCUCAUAUUCACCGUAUGUAACAGAACUUGUAAUGGAAUCCAAUGUAGAACUCAUAGCAAAGAAUGACUUGCGCUUUAUAGAUGCUGUCUAUAAGCUUCUUCGUGAUCAAUUUAAUUACAAACCAAUUUUGACGAAAAAGCAAUUUAUCCAAUGUGGGUUUGCAGAAUGGAAAAUCCAAAUCGUUUGUGAUAUUUUGAACUGUGUGAUGAAAAAGCACAAAGAAUUAAGUAAUCUUGUGAAGACUCCUUCACAACAAAGAAAGAAAAUCAGUUCUGGUAAGUCAGAACCAUCUUUGUGCAAUGAGAAAAUAUCUGGAGAAGCUGUUGGCAUUGACAUCACUGGCAGGUUUAUGACUUCAGGAAAGAAGAAAGCCGUGGUGAUCCGUCAUUUGUAUAAUGAAGAUGGUACUGACACUCUGAAAGAUGCUUUAAGUAUAGUAACAGAUGUCAAUGAAGCGGUAGCUGUGUCUGACUUGAAGGCUACUGAAGUAAAGAUUCCUGAGGUCAGGGUCCCUGAAAUCAUGGCUGAGCAACAAGAUAUAAUCGUUAAUCCUGAGAUUACUGCACUACAGACUAUGCUUGCUGAGUGCCAAGAAAAGCUUAAGAAACUGACUUGGAUGGAGAAAAGAUUAGACUCUUUGGAAGAAAAAAUGAAAGGAAAAGUGAUGGUGGAUGAAAAGACCUGGACUAAUCUUCUAAGUCGUGUCACUCUGCUUGAAACAGAAAUGAUUUUGUCUAAAAAGAGUGAUGAAUAUGUAGAGUUCAAUGAAAUGAGUGAAGACUAUACUUCUAGUAGUGACAUGGAUCUUCUGAAUCCUGAUAGAAAAAUCAAAGUAGAGAGGCCAGUAAGUAUUCCUCUGUCAUCUGGUUACAGUACAGCAUCAUCAGAUUCAACUCCCAGAAACUCAACUAUUAAUUACUGUGGUCUGAAUGAAAUUUCAGAGGAAACAACAAUCCAGAAAAUGGAAAGGAUGAAAAAAAUGUUUGAAGAAACUGCAGAGUUACUGAAAUGUCCAAAUCACUAAUUGUAGAAUUUUCUACAUGAACUUCUCUAGGACUUUGGUACAUGAUGUAUAUUUUAGGAAUUCUUUAUACAAUUUUAGUAUAUUGUGAUAUUUUUAUUAACAAUUUGGAUUCCAUUUAGUAUGCAAAUUUUUUCAUUAAUGAUUGAAUAAAUAAUAUUUUAAAGCUAUGAUUAUGCUGCUUUACCCUGUUCUGCUUUUCUUAGGAAAAACUCAUGUUCCAGUAUAUUUCUCUUACAGAGUGAAGUCAUUACAACACUAUAUAUCUGUGUUGACAUUUGUUGGCAGUGUGCUAAGUAAUAUGUUUUUUAAAGUACAGGCUUGAGGACUAUGGUUUACAUCCUGUUGGAAACAUUCCAGCUGGGACUUGCGUAUUGUACCCAGGAGGGUCUCGUAUACACCAUCUUGCCAUCUGUACCGAUGCAUAAGUUGUCAUGAAAAGUUAAAAAUGCUCCUUGAAAAUUAAAUAAAACAAAAAUACAGCUAUUUCA